UACAUCAUUUAAAAUUCCAUUUGUAAUCCAGUGCAUUGAAUUGAUUUAUUUCUGUUGCAUCGCAGUUCAGAAGUUUGUCAUCAUCGAAAACUGUCAAGUGAUUUGCGCAGGAUGACAUUUCAUUCAAAGUGGACUCCAGCAUCAUCAUCAUGUCUGAAUCGUGUGUGUCUUCGUUUGUGUGAAAGUAUUUUUAGUUGGUCUUGUCCCGCUGUGCUCGUGUCUGUUACACCGUCGUGGAUGCUCACACUUCGCUAAAUCUGAUUCAUGUACUGCGACGGACUCUCUGCAGGCGACACCACCUUCGUGUAAAAUUAAAAAUUCAAACUCCGUUACACCUUGAGAUAUAUUAUUUAUUAGAGAAAAAUUAAGACAGUUGUUUCUUCUGUGUAAUCAAUGUGCUUUGAAAACAGAUUCGCGGGCAGGUUAGUGCAACUUCUGCUCAUCAUCAUCGCUCGAAUUUUUCCCGACGUUCAAUGAAAUUAUAGUGUAUUCCAUUGUUUCAGGUAACAUGGGUGCCGGUGCGGUGAUGAUGCGCUUUAUGAAUGAGGUGCGGCCGGUGAAUGCGAACGCGCCGACUUUUCACUGUUCCCGGUAAUCCGGGCUCCUGAACACCCGAGAGCCGCCUGACGUCAGGCCUCGUGUCACCGGCGAUCUCACAUUAUUCUCAUAUUUGGAGAUCUCGAGUCGAGUGUCCUACACACGCACGCAGUGAGUGAGUGAGCAGAGCUUGCCGUCUCUCCCAGAGGAGCGACUUGCCUCUCUUAGUGUGGGAUACAGGAGGACAGCAAGCAAGGGUGGUCCCAGAAGUGCACUGUCUGUCCAUCAAAGACAUGGGGAAGGACUACUACAAGACCCUGGGCAUCCAGUCUGGGGCCAACGAGGAUGAAAUCAAGAAGGCAUACAGGAAGAUGGCCCUCAAAUUCCACCCAGACAAAAACAAGGAACCUAACGCUGAGGAGAAGUUCAAGGAGAUCGCAGAGGCUUAUGAGGUGCUGAGUGACCCAAAGAAAAGGACCAUCUAUGACCAGUAUGGAGAGGAAGGUCUGAAGGCCGGAGGAGGUGGAUCGACUGGAGGACAGGGAAACACUUACCACUACACCUUCCAUGGUGAUCCUCAUGCCACCUUCGCCUCCUUCUUUGGGGGCUCCAACCCCUUUGACAUCUUCUUUGGGUCGGGGCGCACCCGGGGUUCCAGCAAUGGCUUCGGGGACCACGACAUGGACAUCGACCUGGAUGGGGAGGAUGACCCAUUCAACGCCUUCAGCCGAUUCGGUUUCAGUGGUAUCAAUGGGUUCCACCAUGGCGGCGGCGGGGGAGGUCGGCGGCACCACGCCGAACCGAUCCAUGGUCGCCGCAAGGUUCAGGACCCACCAGUGGUGCACGAGCUCCGCGUCUCCCUUGAGGAGGUCUUCCACGGCUGCACGAAGCGCAUGAAGAUCACCCGGCGGCGUCUCAACCCCGACGGGAAGACUUUGCGCGCAGAGGACAAGAUCCUGAACAUCGUCAUCAAGAGGGGCUGGAAAGAAGGCACCAAGAUCACCUUCCCCAAAGAGGGCGAUGAAACACCAGAGAACAUUCCUGCUGACAUCGCUUUCAUCCUCAAAGACAAGGGACACCCCCACUUCAAGAGGGAUGGCUCCAACAUAGUAUUCACUGCAAAGAUCAGUCUUAAAGAGGCGCUGUGUGGCUGCACAGUGAGCAUUCCCACCAUCGACAACAGAGUGAUUCCCCUUCCCUGCAAUGACGUCAUCAAGCCGGGGACCAUCAAGAGACUGAGAGGGGAGGGCCUGCCCUAUCCCAAAAGCCCGUCACAGCGCGGGGACUUGAUAGUGGAGUUCCAGGUGCGCUUCCCGGACAGGAUACCCCCGCAGUCGAGAGAAAUCAUCAAACAGCACCUGCCUGUGUCUUAGGGCGGACGGCAGAAAGGGAAACUGGGGACUUUAAACAGGGUUUAUUAUUGUUAUUUUUUAAAUCAAUCAUCUUUAGUAUUACGACAGACACUAAUAUUUAAAUCAGAAGGAAAAGUAAAAAAAAAGUGCCACAGGAACAUGAAAACAUGAAGUUAGCUGUAUCAUCGUUGUGUAUAUUUUUUUAUUUUUUUUUUUUGUAAAUUAUGUUUUUUUUUUUUCCACAUACAAGUGGAAGUGGACCAUAAUGGUCUCUGUUGAAGGACUGGAAGGUUUUGCUAUCUUGUGUUCCUGAUUCCACUGGUCUCUCACCUAAGACAGCUUUUAUUAUCCCAUUUUUCACUAUUUCCAAGGGUGCUCUCUUUUUCAUCUUGCUCUUUUUAUGAGAGAAGGGACUGAGAGCAACCGAAGGGGGAAAAAAAUCACCCAGCAUAAAGGAAACCAGUAAAAACUUUAGAGUGCCAAAGUCUUUUGUUUUGUUCUCCCCCAAAUACAUUUCUGGUGCGAACAUGCAUGUUCACUUCAACUGAUUGUUCAGUGAAGAAAAAAAAAAAAAUCUUGGGGGCGUUACUGAGCCAAUUAGAGCGACAGGCUACUUACAGAAGUAGGAUUUCUAAUCAUCUGAAGCUGGUAAUGUUAUCUAGCUGACUUUAAGACCCUAAUGUAUGCAAGAAAGGCCUACAUUAAGAGGUGCUUUUUUUCCCUGUGACUCUGGUGUGUUACAGAAUGACUCGUCAGUGUUGUUCUAAACUGCCUUAUUACCUGCCUUGGUUUUUACACCGGGUCAAAAUUGAAUUUAAUAAAAAAAAAAAAA